UCAUCGCCUACGGCAUCAUAUCUGGUCUGAUCGUAUUCUACACUAUAUCAUUACGCCUGCGCUGUACAUAUUUGGCUCGUUUGCUUCCCCGAUGCUGCCUUGCCACUUGUUCUGCAAAAAGGUGCGCAACUCCAGAUGCCACGCUGACUGCUUCAGCGCGAACGCCCGUGCCCCUGCCUCCACUUCACGUGAUGAGCUCACCUGCCCCGACGACUUCGUCUUCCACCAAUCGGCCUGCCAUUCCAGAUAAGCACACACUCGACGCAUCUCCUCCUUCAGCAGCAGGACCUCCUCGGUCCACCUAUCGCGACGUGCCAGCGCCCAACUCCAUUCCACCCGUAUUGCUGUAAUGAUGUCAGUCCCAUCCAGUACCUAUUGCACCAGGAACUCACAGUCAUGCAGAUCCUUCUCCUCAUUGUCCAAAGCUCCAGGCGCGGUCCAAAUCCAUGAUAUCACCUGCAUCAACGAUCCUUGGUCCUGCCUCGGUGCUUUCCCUCCUCCUAGCGCCCCAAUCUUCAUUGCUGUCAAAGCAUCCGUCCUCUCUGCAUGCUGGAACUUUUCCAAGCAACCGGCCGCCACCAGAGCCUCCCUUCCCCUUCGAUACCGGUUCGCGCUCGCUGUAACCUUCUCCCCGACCUCGCUGAUGAGUGUCCGUGCCUUUGUGGACUGGUUCUGGCCCAUCACGUUUGCAUUGCGGAAGCUGAUCAGGUGCCUCUUCGCGUGCAGACGCGCCCGAACCAGUGUGAGUGAGUUCUCGCACUGCGCUACCCGUAGCUUCAUCUCCAUGUCCAGCAACCCGCCCACACAGCCCUGCACUGGACCCAACAAUGAGGGCAUCUCACUUGGCAUCCACAGCUUGAUGUGCUCUGGCCGA